ACAAGAAUGGGAAUUUGAGAUAUUGUAGUAAAGCUGAGAUUUUUAUUUGUUUUUUGCAAAAAUAAAAAUAAAAAUGGGAAUUUGCUAUUCUUCAAGUAAAGGGAAGAGUAGUGAGAAGGAAUGUGAUGGAAAAAAUGAGAGUAAAAUGAUUGAUUUGAAGUUGAGGAAGAGUAGUAGUUCUUCUAAUGGUGAUUUUAGUACAUUUAUAAGUAAGUUGAGUGGUGGUGGAGGAAGUGGAGUUAUUGGAGUUGAGGAGAGGGGACUUGAACAGAUACCGGGAAGGUUAAUAGAGAAUGGUGGUAGUGGUGUUGCUUGUUUAUAUACUCAGCAAGGAAAGAAAGGUAUCAAUCAAGAUGCCAUGAUUGUUUGGGAGAAUUAUUGUUCGAGAAGCGAUACAAUCCUUUGUGGAGUAUAUGAUGGGCAUGGUCCUCAUGGUCAUAUGGUUGCACGGAAAGUUCGAGAUUAUCUUCCAAUUUUGCUGCGAUCAGAGUGGGAAACUAAAUCCUGUGGUGAUCAAAAUGCUGUAUCCGAAAAUGGACAUACUAAUGGAGGCUCACAUUUUGACGACAUUGUGGAUGAUGAUUUGGUUGAAUCAGUGGAAGCUGAGAACAACGAAAAAUUCCCAGAAAUCCAUCUGCCACUUAAGAGGUCAAUGUUAAGGGCUUUUAGAUCAAUGGAUAAGGAACUGAAGUUACACCCCUCAAUUGACUGUUUCUGCAGCGGUUCAACUGCUGUUACUUUGGUAAUGCAGGGCCAGGAUAUAUUUGUUGGUAAUGUUGGCGACUCAAGAGCAGUUUUGGCAACAAGAGAUAAAGACAACUCUUUAAUGGCUGUACAGUUGACAGUAGAUUUGAAGCCUAAUCUUCCAAGAGAAGCUGCUAGAAUCCAUAAAUGUAAAGGAAGGGUUUUCGCAUUGCAAGAUGAGCCAGAGGUUGCACGUGUGUGGUUGCCAAACUGUGACUCUCCAGGUUUGGCAAUGGCCAGAGCAUUUGGUGAUUUUUGUCUCAAGGAUUUUGGGUUAAUUUCUGUACCGGAUGUGUAUUACCACCACAUUACUGAAGGGGACGAGUUUGUCCUCCUUGCAACUGAUGGGGUUUGGGAUGUCCUUUCUAAUAAGGAAGCUGUGGAUAUUGUGGCUUCUGCUCCAAGCCGUGCAACAGCUGGCCGAGCUCUUGUUGACUGUGCUACGAGAGCAUGGAGACUAAAAUAUCCGACGUCAAAGAAUGACGACUGUGCUGUAGUAUGCCUUUACCUAGACACCACACCUGUACCUGAUGUCAAGGGGAUAGAAGGCCAAAAUAAGCUGACAAAUUCCCCUGAAGUGGAAAUUAAGACAAAUACUAUAGAUGGAAAUAAGCUGACAAGUUCCCCUGAAGUGGAAAUUAAGACAAUUACGACAGAUGGGAAUAAGCUUACCAAUUCUCCUGAAAUGGAAAUUAAGACAAAUACUAUAGAUGGAAAUGUUAGAAGAUCAGAUACUGAAGCUAUUUCAACCUCUCAGACUGUCGGUCUUGAAGAUCCCAAUACUACCAAGGAUGAUAGUGAGAUAGUUCCAGUUGUUGAGUCACUGGAAGAACAACAUCCGGGUAAGGGUCUUGGCCAGUCUAAGAGAAGUAUAGCUGAGUUCCUUUCAACUGCACAAGACGACGAAUGGUCAGCCCUCGAGGGAAUAACCAGAGUUAAUAGUCUUCUAAGUAUUCCUAGAUUCUUGUCUGCUGAAAAAAGGUCUAACAGUUGGAGAAGAAAAUGGUUAUGAGACAU